UCUUGCUAUGAACGUGGAAGACAACAUUUCAGCUUUUUUGGAAAGUUGGAAAUUCUCUAAAACAUUUUUACAACAUUUUUCUUAAAUUGUUUUUUGUCCAAGCAGCUUGUGAGAUGGACUGAGAUUUUUUUUCGCUUUAGUUUACCCUGAACCGUCCGCCCACCUGAGUGCUUUAUGAGUGAUGGUUAUCUCUCAGUUUUAGAUUGGGUCUUGCUCUCUCUCUGUGUGUGCAUACAGUGGGUCUUCACACGUCGCGAAACAGCAUCUUCUCAUCUGGAUGUUGAGUUGUCAUCUCUUUUGCGGGUCGAGACAGCCUGGACAUGGUUCAGGGUGGUGUUAAGUAUCCCUCGGUUUUCACGGUGGACGGUGGCGUGAGACCCCCUCCGCUGCCCCCCAAGCCUGGCCGUAGGCAAAGGAGCGGGGUGGUCCAGACACUGCUGGUGAUCUUGGUCUCUGUAGCUCUGUUUGGCAUGCUGGUGGAGGCUUGUUUAAUCUACAAUCUUUACAUAUCCAAAGAAAAUACCCUUUCGGAUGCUCCAAAGACCGAGAUGAGAAAACAAGAAAAGGAAGAGGCAACCAUCUCCAAAGCGAAACCAAGAGGACAAAUGAACCCACCAAAACCAAUGGCACAUCUGAAUACCGGUCGACAUCCUGAUCAUACCGGAGCAGCAGAUAUCGUGCUGUGGACCAUCAGUCAGGAAUCUAUACUGUACCACGUAAAACACAAAGUAAAUGAGGGAAAACUCAUCAUACAGAAGGAAGGAUACUAUUCGGUCUACUCCAAGGUCCACUUCAAGGAGAACAGCACCUCUUUCAGCCACUCUGUCCUCCGGAUUUCACCUCGCUACCCCGGUGAGAUCCUGCUUCUCCAGUCUAGCAGGUUGCAUCCUAAACCCAUGAGACCAGGAACCCUGGACAACAGCUAUCUCAGCGGAGUCUUUCAUCUGUUCGAAGGUGAUGCGCUUUUCGUCAGGGUGAAAAACUGUAUGAUUGUGUUGUCAAAUUCAGCUGAGAACUACUUUGGUGUGUUCAUGGUUUAGACCAGGGGUCCCUCAGAAGGGUCCAAGGGGAAAAAAGUGUAUGCCAAUUAUUUAAGUUUAUAAACAGUUUGCUGUCUUGAUAAUACAUUCUUUAUUAAAAGACAUGGAUAUAUAUUAGGAAUGGGGUCCCUCUGGAUUUAUCAUAUGUGAGGGGUCCCUACCAUCAGAAAGCUUGACUACCAUGAUUCAGAGACCAACUGUACAGAAAAACAAGCACAUGGGUGAAUUUGAUGAAAAAUUAUACAUUUAAUAAAUGUGCAAUAAGUUAUAAAAAUGUUAUAAAAAUCUGUUAUAUUAUAUUUUUGAUUAAGUGAAAACUUAAAAAAAUCAAAACCUCCAUAAAAUAUUCAACAAAAGCUAUUUUAUUUUAAACUUGCAGCAAAAAUGACCCAUAAUCGACAGAAGUCUUUGUUUUUAACAAGAUAUGCAAUCGUAUUGUUCAGAACAGAUCACUUUGUGAAUGCAGUGCAGGCUUUUUAAAUAGGAUGGGGCUGUAAAAAGCGCUAUUGCAUCCAACAACAAACCCGCAGCUCAUGAAUAAAAUCUCAUUUUACAUCUAAAAGAGUGUUUACGUUAAAGUGGUUAUACAUUAUGACUGUUUUUGGCUCAGAAAACUUUAAUGUUAUAAUCUAACUUGGAUGGAAACCAAUAUAUGAUAUGACUCGCAUCCAGACUCCAGUCAUAGCAGUUGUCUUGUACGGUGGUUGUCAAACUUUUUUGCCAUACAGCCCCCCUUGUGCACGGUGCAUCCCUUUGCGGGCCCCCCAAAGAAAAUGUAUGACAUAAAACAUUCAAAAAUGUUACAUUUUAAUUAAACAAAACAUGUUGACUUUUACAACAUUACUUUAUACUUUAUUAGUCCCAUCACUGGAAAAUUUGUCAUGGAAAUCGUCCAAAAACAAGUAUAUACCAUUCAUAAAACGUUACAUGCAUUAAAACAUACAAGUAGUAAAAAAGAAGUAUAAAUUAAAAACACAGUGGCAGUAUCUCACAUUAUUUUAUCUGUACUUAAAGCUUUGACUGCCGACGGAAAAAAAUUGUUUUUAGACCUGCACAUCAAGACCCUGUACUGCUUUCCCACACAAAAUGUGGGUAAAAUUUGGGUUAAAUAACCACUGCGUUAAAUAAACAUAUUUAUUACAUUUAUACAACAUGUUUCUGUUGUUUAGUAGCCAAAUUUUUGGAGGUUUAAUUAUACAAAAUUUAUGAUAAAUUAUUGUUUUUUAAAAAAGUGCCAUAAAACAUAAAGCACCAUUUCGCCGCCCCCAGUUUGAGAACCACUUUAUUGUUGUAGGCAAAUCAAGUAUUCUGCAAAACCACUUUGAUAAGGUGUGUGGACAAAUGUGUAUUGUUGUCAAUGUGUGAACACAACCACCCUACGCUUAAAAAAUACCCUCUUCUCAUUUUUUUAUUCCUUUUAAACCAAAGUACUCACAUUAGACAUGCUGUUUUGAUUGUCUUGUUAAUGUGACAUCACACUGAUAAAGCCCCACCCAUAGCCACUGACUGACUGACUGGUUACUUUACCUAAAAGCUUUUCUAAAUGUGUUUGUUAGUGGCUAAAGAUACUAUUGUCUUAUACUGUAUUUACAGGAAUCAGAUCUUUUUUUACUGGUUAGGUAGCGAGGAGUUGUAGCUCAUUUGCAUUUAAAGGUACAGACAUACAGACGCGCGUUUUUGCUCCCACCCAAAUAAGGGCAUUUUGGACAUGCUAUAAUAAAUAAUCCGUAGGGUAUUUUGAGCCGAAACUUCACAGACACUUUCUAGGCAAACCUGUGACUUCGAUCUUGUAAAAAUAAAUCAGUUGCCACAGGAUAUUCGUCUUGCACCUUCUACUGUAUUAUCAUUUUUAAGAAGAGGCUGAAAACUUAUUUCUUCUCCCAGGCGUUUAAUAUAAUUUAACUACUGUGUUAUUUUAGUAUAUUGUCUUCCAGGUUGUUUUAUUCUGAUUUCAUUUUAUUUAUUAUUAUUUUUCUAUACUCUGUUCAGCACUUUGGUCAGCUUUGCUGUGUUUAAAUGUGCUAUAUAAAUGAAACAUACUUACUUACAGACCUUUUUAUGCAUUUAUCCAAAACCCCAUCUAAAAAAAGAAAACCUAUUUACGAGGGACAUGAAAGUGACCAAAUGCUUACUUCCGGGUUUUGGUUGACGAAACUAUGUCAUGACCGCAGCACUCUUUUCCAGUUAAUGAAGAGAAAUACAUGAAUCAUGUCAGUAUAUUAGUGUGUGUAUAUAGUGUUUAAGACCUCUGCCAAAUCAGUUGUUUAGGAAGACAAAUAAGACAUAAACAUGAAAACCUUUGAUGCAGCUUUAUUUUCUUCUGUACAUAAAAGACUGCAUCUGCAAUGUACUGUGCCACAUUUAGUUGGUGUUUGUAAAUAUUGCAUUUUACUUGUAAUAAGUACACUGUAAUUAAAGUAAAAAAAACAUAACUUGUUUCUGUUUCAAAAGAGAUUUUGUGCAAUGUCUAUUCCACCAAAGUGUUACAGGGUUGAAUGCACAAUGGGUUAAUAACACCUUAACUAAGACAUAUCACUUGAUCAUUGACAGAUGUCUGAGUAUACUGUCAUAUCGUUUGUAAAGAAAGAUUAAUUAUAAAUUAUAGCUUGUUUUGCACAUAUUUUUACUAUUUGAAAUUAUUUCGUUAACUAUUUAAUUCAACUUUAGCUAAUUAUCUUUAGGUAUUUAUACAUCUUACAUUUGGCGGGAGAGUCAAGUGUUCAUGCAUUUGAUCCCAUGAUCGCACAUAAACUUUACAGGAACAGUUCACCCAAAACAUGAAACUCCUGUCAUUUUUCUAUCAAUUUUAUAUAAAAAUUUCUGAAAUUGAAGCAUAUACAUACUGUACAUAGAUGACCACUUUGGCAUAUUGCUGUGAUUGCGUUACUCCACUAAAUCUGCCAUAUUAGACAAAACAUUUUAGCCCUUUUCACACAGAUUAUGGAAAAUAUGCGUAAAAUGUGUCUGGGAUUUGUCUGGGGAUUGUUUGAUUUUGGUUUAUUCACACUGCCAAUUAAUUUCCAGAAUCCGUGCGUGCGUUUACACACAUCGUUUAAAGAUCCGGUAAAGACGUGAACUGUAUUGUGUUUGCAAUCAUGCACUUUUUUUCAUUAUAAUAAGAUCAUAAGCUAGCGCAUGAUUUGCUUUUCUAUAAAAAAUUGUCGUAAAUUUGCUUAUUAUCUGUGAUUUUGAGAACAUGCACAUGCAUUUUUCAUUAUAAUAAGAUCAUAAAAAAGUACAUGACAUGCUUAAGGGGGACACUCUUUUUUUUUAACAUUGUCGUAACAGUUCAACAGAAACAAUGCCACAAGGGGCGUGCUGUAGUAAGGACGCUUGUGUCAUCGCAACAUGAAGUUAUCGUUCAGCACUUUGACACUGGGGGUUUAAAUGCAGAUCAACAUUUAUGACA